GCGGAAUAGAAUGGAAAUACUUUUUUGCGUCGCAAUUUAGAGCUUCGCUCAUCCAUCCCCCAAGGGGAUAUUUUGACAUGCCCCUUUAUAAUAAAUUAUAAAGUAGAUGAUGCUAAGAGUGAGUUUACUCCAUAUUUUUGUGGUGCUAGUUUAUAAUAUAAAGGAGAAAUAGAAGCAUUACCACACAAAAAUGACCAAAAAAUUUGAAUUUGACUGGCGCAUCACGGUACCAGAACCACUUCUAACCGGCAUUGUUGCUGAUAGAUGGACAGAAGAAAAAGACAGCUACGAAUUGGAAAGGGAUGCUACAUUUAAGGUCGACGAAUAUGGGUUCUUUAUUUAUUGGAAAAGCGAGGGAAAGGAAGGAGACGUUAUAGAACUUUGUCAAGUUAGUGAUAUCAGAGCAGGAGGUGUUCCAACAAACCAAAAGCUGAUGAAAGAUUUUUUAAAGAAGUAUCCAACUGAAUUGGAUGAAAAGUCCUUAACCAUUUGCAGCGGAACCGAUUAUAUCAAUAUCAAUUAUCAACAUAUCGUCUGUCCUACACCAGAAAUUGCAAAGACGUGGCAGGAAGGUCUAAGGAAGAUAACUCACAAUAACAAAAUCUCUAAUGUGUGUCCUACAACUACUUUAAUGAAACAUUGGAUGCGUCUAGGAUUUUCAGUUGACUCGAAAGGUAAAAUCCCAGUAAAAGUAAUCGCAAGGACGUUUGCCUCGGGCAGAACUGAAAGAUUGGUUUAUCAGUUUUUGUCAGAACUCGGCCUGCCCAGCGAGAAGAAUGCCACUAUUGAACCAGAACAGUUUACAUUUGAAAAGUUUUAUGCAUUAUAUCACAAAAUUUGUCCUAGAAAUGAUAUAGAGGAGCUAUUUAAAUCUAUUACACAAGGCAAAGGCGAAUGCAUGAACCUGAAUCAAUUUAUUAAUUUCCUUAAUGAUAAACAAAGAGAUCCUAGAUUAAAUGAAAUAUUGUAUCCGCUUUAUGAUGAUAAACGAGCAAUAGAAAUUAUACAAGACUAUGAAACUGAUGAGGCUUUGGUAAAGAAAAGUCAGCUAAGCAAAGAUGGACUUAUCAGGUACCUAAUGUCAGAUGAAAAUGCUCCAGUAUUUCUUGAUCGCCUAGAUAUUUACAUGGAAAUGGAUUUACCAUUGUGCGCCUAUUACAUAAAUUCUAGUCAUAACACCUAUCUUUCGGGCAGGCAAUUUGGUGGCAAAUCUUCUGUUGAAAUGUAUCGUCAAGUAUUAUUAGCUGGAUGUCGAUGUGUGGAAUUAGAUUGUUGGGAUGGUAAGGGCGAAGAUGAAGAGCCAAUAAUAACUCACGGCCAUGCUAUGUGCACCAAUAUUUUAUUCAAAGACGUAAUUUAUGCGAUUCGAGACACUGCUUUCGUAACAUCAGAUUAUCCUGUUAUUCUUUCCUUUGAAAAUCAUUGCUGUAAAAGUCAACAGUUUAAGCUCGCCACUUAUUGUGAAGAAAUUUUCGGGGAUUUGCUAUUGAAGGAGCCUUUGGAGGAUUUUCCAUUAGAACCAGGCAUGAUACUGCCACCGCCAUGUCUUUUAAAAAGAAAAAUUCUAAUAAAAAACAAGAGGUUGAAACCAGAAAUCGAGAAAAAAGAGUUGGAAUUGUUCCGCCAAGGCCAAUUUGUAAUUGAAGACGAAGAAAAAGAGGACGCCAAUGCGAGCUCGGAUCGUCCAAUUCCACCAGAUGCGUCUGUUGAGACUCCAAGCGGGGAUGUGCCACCUGAAGGAGCCGAUAUCCCACCGACCACCCAACAUACAAGCUCCACAACAAAUGUGCACCCUCUUCUAAGUUCAAUGAUUAAUUAUGCGCAACCUGUUAAAUUCCAAAGUUUCGAUCUUUCAGAACAAAAAAAUAUUCAUCACAAUAUGUCGAGCUUCUCCGAGCCAGCCGGACUGAAUUUGUUGAAACAGCAAGCAAUCGAUUUUGUCAACUACAAUAAACGGCAAAUGUCGAGGAUUUAUCCUAGCGGCGCAAGGGCAAACUCUUCAAAUUAUAUGCCUCAGGUUUUCUGGAAUGCCGGUUGUCAAAUGGUCUCAUUAAAUUUCCAAACAUCAGACUUACCGAUGCAGCUCAACAUGGGAAAAUUCGAAUAUAACGGCAACUGUGGCUACCUCCUGAAGCCGGACUUUAUGAGAAGACCCGAUAGGACUUUUGAUCCUUUUGCUGAAAGUCCAGUAGAUGGUGUUAUUGCAGCUCAAUGUUCUGUGCAAGUUAUCGCUGGCCAGUUUUUGUCUGACAAAAAAAUUGGUACUUAUGUGGAAGUAGAUAUGUACGGUUUACCUACAGAUACUAUAAGAAAAGAGUUUAGAACCCGCAUGGUUCCUGGCAACGGCUUAAAUCCUGUUUACAAUGAAGAACCAUUUUUGUUUAGAAAAGUUGUAUUGCCAGAUUUAGCUGUACUACGGUUUGGCGUCUAUGAUGAAAAUAGCAGGUUACUGGGGCAAAGGAUUUUACCCCUGGAUGGAUUACAAGCAGGCUAUCGACAUAUAUCAUUGCGUACUGAAGCAAACUUCCCCAUGUCUUUGCCGAUGUUAUUUUGCAAUAUAGAAUUAAAAAUUUACGUUCCGGAUGGUUUUGAAGAUUUCAUGGCUGCUCUGAGUGACCCUAGAGCUUUUAGCCAAGCCAAAGAUAAGCAAAAUGAACAGAUGAAUUCAAUGGGAAUUGAAGUCACUGAUACAAAGGCAGCUGAAAAGCAACCUAAAAAGGAAGAAAAGAAAGUUGAACCCCUCGUGUUUGAACCGAUAACCAUAGAAUAUAUCAAGCAAGAUAAAGGGUUUCAAAAGACAACCAAGAAGCAGCUUAAAGAUUAUGAUACCCUCAAGAAGAAGCAGCAAAAAGAAAAAGCUUCGACACAAAAGAGUCAAUGUGCUGCUAUUGAUAAACUUAUCAAAGGCAAAAGCAAAAAUGAUCUGGUAAAUGACGAAAGUGUACGUAAGUUAGUAACAGAACAAACCAUUGAGUGGAGCAGCCUGAUGGAAAAACAUAGAAAACAAGAAUGGGAAUUUCUAAGGACCCAAUUGGAUGAUCAAAGAGAUUUGUUGAAGAAGCAUAUGGAAAUUUUACAGGGACAACAAAUGCGCCAGCUGGAAGCCAAGCAUGAUAAGGAAGUCAAGGAAAUGAACAGCCAGCAGGCCAAAGUGGCUGUAGAAACCGCAAAAGAGAUUGCUAAUGAUAAAACGCUGAAAACCAAAAAAGACAAGGAUCGUAGGCUAAAAGAAAAACAACAAAACAAUACGAAAAAAUUCAUGGAAGAAAGGAAAACCGCUCUAAUAAAGCAACAGCGGGAAAAAGACAAGUUGCAAAUUACGCAUGACAAACAACUAGAGAUGCUGUCGCACGAUAUUCAAAAGAUGAUCGAUAUGUACAAAAAUGAAGAAAAAGAGUACGAUAUGUCACCUAAAAAUGAAUUUUUUGCUUAGUUAUAUUUAUGGAUGUCAAUUUUAUAUUAACACAGGAUAUCUGUUAUGUGUAAUUGAAUGAUAAUUAUUCCCUGCUGAUAGUUGUUUGAUGUUGAAGAGACAAGUCUUGCUCGUAUAUGUUACCUGGUGUAGUUUUUGGGACCCUUUUGCUGCUUUAAAUAGUGUUAAAAAUAAAUAUUUGGUACCAAUUUACGAUUAUUAUUAAUAUUGAUAGAGAGAUAUGAAUUUUUAUCAAAAAUAGUGAAUAAUUAUAUUUGCCUAAAUUUUAUUACAUAUUGUUAUUAAUAUUAUGAUCUUACACAAAUUUUAGAAAGUCGUUAAAAUUCUGAAUAAUUUUAACUUGUUUCUGUUGUGAAAUUUAAAAGUUUUAUUGAAAAUAAUAAAUAAUUACCUACUGCAA